AUGUUUCUGGUAGUGGUUGAUGCAUAUUCUAAGUGGCUAGAAGUUCACCAGAUGACAUCCACUACGUCUACAGCAACCAUUGAGAAACUACGCGAGAUUUUUGCCACACAUGGGCUACCGACAACAGUUGUCAGUGACAAUGGAACAAAUUUCACGAGCAAUGAAUUUGAAGAAUUUAUGAAACAAAAUGGUAUUAAACACAUCAAAGUUUCACCAUACCACCCAGCAUCAAAUGGGCAAGCAGAGCGUGCAGUGAGAAUUUUUAAAGAGGGCAUUGAGAAGAUGAAGGAAGGAAGUAUGAGAACAAAAUUAUCGCGAUUCCUUCUGAAAUACCGUAUUACACCCCAUACGACAACGGGUGUGCCGCCAACGGAGCUGUUGAUGGGCAGACACCUGCGUACUCAGUUGGAUCUGAUACAGCCGAACCUUGGAGAUCGGGUGAGGGAAAAAGAAUCACAGCAAAAGGCAGUACAUGACUAUCAUGCUAGAGAACGGAUUAUCAAAACCGGGAACCUAGUAUAUGCGAAAGAUUUCAGGAAACCUAAAAGUUGGAUGCCCGGGACGGUAGUGAAGAAGACAGGACCAGUGUCGGCAGAAAUACAGCUUGAUGAUGGUCUAAUUAUCCGGCGUCACCAAGAUCAUCUCCGCAUUCGCACCGAUGUUCCUCAAACAACUAUAGCGAGUGGAUUGGAAGACAUUCAACUACCAACCAGAGAGGUGAAUCCUGCAGAACCACGGGAAGAACCCGAACUUGAAGCGAGAGCAGAACAAAGAAGACAACCUCAUAGAGACCGUCGUCUUCCUCAACAUUUGCAGGACUAUGAACUAGCAAACAGCUAA